UCCAGCUGGUGGAGGUAAUGCAACCAUUAACAUUGGCUGCCAGCCGCCGUUAAACCCCAUAGUAGUAGAAGAAGAAACCCCCCGGUCACAUGACGUGGAGGUUUCCGGUCCGACCGACGAGAAAGUGGCGGAAUUUAAGGCGCUACGGAGCAUGGUAUCCAGUUUCGGAGUGUCGUAGCUACAAGUGUUAAAAAACACGAGCGGUCGCAAUCACCCCCUAAAGAACGCCUUCUGCAGUCCAGCCCACUAUCAAGGAAUUGAAUCAACUGUGCCAUCCCAAGGCGGUAGACAGUAGUCUCCCUGACUUAGUGUCCAUCAAGUCAACGUUCUUCUAGGCAGAGGAAGGAGGUGUUAUCUUGGUGAGUUCUGACCUCAGUGACCCUGGACUCUGACCUGGUCUUGUCUGGUGAUUCGUUGGUGCUUGACGAGGAGACCAAUAAGGAGUUUAGGAUGAACCUCCAGCAGCCCGCCCCUCUCAUCCCUCCGGUCCACCCAGACAUCCAGAUGAAGUCUCUCCCGUUCUACGACGUGUUGGAUAUCCUCGUCAAACCCUCCAGCUUGGGUCAGUGUGUCUCUGGAGCCAGUGGUGUUCAGAGAUACAACCAAGAUAAGUACUUCAUCUUCGCCUUGACGCCUCAACAAGUCAGGGAGGUGUGCAUCUCCAGGGACUUUUUACCAGGUGGCAGAAGAGACUAUAUGGUUCAGAUACAACUGAGGUUCUGUCUUUCAGAAACCAGUUGUCCCCAAGAAGACAACUACCCAAACAGUCUCUGCAUUAAAGUCAAUGGGAAGCUGUUCCCCCUUCCGGGUUAUGCCCCUCCCCCUAAAAAUGGAGUGGAACAGAAGAGACCAGGAAGACCUCUAAACAUCACCUCAUUGGUCAGAUUGUCCUCUGCAGUACCCAAUCAGAUCUCUAUAACGUGGGCACCUGAAAUCGGAAAGACGUACUCUGUGUUGGUGUACCUGGUGAGACAGCUCACCUCACCUCUACUGCUGCAGAGGCUCAGGAUGAAGGGCAUCAGAAAUCCAGACCACUCCAGAGCGCUGAUAAAAGAGAAGCUGACAGCAGACCCUGACAGUGAGAUUGCUACAACCAGUCUGAGAGUGUCUCUCAUGUGCCCUCUGGGUAAGAUGCGUCUGACUGUGCCGUGUCGAGCUCUCACCUGUUCCCACCUGCAGUGUUUCGACGCAGCCCUCUACCUGCAGAUGAAUGAGAAGAAGCCCACUUGGGUCUGUCCUGUCUGUGAUAAGAAGGCCCCCUACGAGAGCCUCAUCAUCGACGGGUUGUUCAUGGAGAUUCUGAACGACUGUUCCGAUGUGGAUGAGAUCAAGUUCCAGGAGGACGGGACCUGGUGCCCCAUGAGACCAAGGAAAGAGGCCCUCAGUGUGUCCUCAACCUGUAUCCCAAAAAUAGAACCACGUCAGUGUGCGGUGGUCCCUCCCCACAGAGAGCCCAGCUCAACCAAUAAGAAGGCAGACGUGAUCGACCUGACCCUAGAGAGCUCGUCAGAGGAGGAGGAGGAGGAGGAAGACCCUGACCUGCCACUCAAGAAGCGAUGCCUCUACAUGUCCAAGACCGAGGAGGUGCACGCCAAGGGAGUGUUGUCCUAUCAGCCGUCGACAGUGUGCCUGCCAAACGUACAUGCCCUGGACACAUCAUCCUACCUGACGAACUCACUAGCCGACUAUACAGUCCCCUUCCACCACUCCACCCUGUCCACCGUCCCUACGGACAUGCAGGGUCUGGAUCUGUUCUCGCUGAUCCAAGGUGACCCGCAGCAUUACAGAGCUCCCAUGUUCCUGGAUAACCUGACCAGCAGCCUGCAGGGUGCCACCACUAGCGCCGGCCUGGUGUCCUCUUCUAGCCAAUACGAGACCAGUUCCCACCUCUUCUCCACCUCUUCUUACCAAACUGGGGUUAUUACCGGGGGAGGGGUAGGGUCCAACAGCAUCUCCGACAUCAUCUCAUUGGACUAAUUCUCUGGUCCCUGUGAGCUCAUUGGACUGAUUGUCUUGUCACUCACAGGAGCCUUCUAUCAGAAGCCUUCAAUUGGCUGUGUCCUGAAAUGGAAUCCUAAUCCCUAUAUAGUGUACUACUUUUGUCCGUACAGCAGAAAGUAGUGCACUAUAUAUGUAAUAAAGUCUGCAUCAGAAAUGGCACCAUGUCCAUAGGCCUUCACCACUGGGACAGACUGUGGCCUUCACCACUGGGACAGACUGUGGCCUUCACCACUGGGACAGUAAAGAUACAUUCCUUUCGCCAGACCCCUGCUUUGUAGGUCAGAGUUGAUGAAAGGAUAAAGUUAGAGGCCCCACACCUAGACUCCGCGUUGACCUGAGGUGGCCGCCUCACCCGCAGACUCCGCGUUGACCUGAGGUGGCCGCCUCACCCGCAGACUCCGCGUUGACCUGAGGUGGCCGCCUCACCCGCAGACUCCGCGUUGACCUGAGGUGGCCGCCUCACCCGCAGACUCCGCGUUGACCUGAGGUAAUGAGGAACAGAAGAUUGCCUUUUCUAUUGGAUGAACUGACAUGGAAGCAGGAAGUGGGACUGGUUGACGGUGUGGAUUGUUUGAAACGGUUGUGUGUCAGUACCUAGGAGGAUUCAUCCCAAGGCAGCUCAUUGUUGUUUUACUAACUAAUUAAGUGUUCAAGGAGCAACACUAUGUAAAACCCCAUUGUACGGUACAUUCGGAGUAUUCAUACCCCAUUGAUUUAUUAAAUAUUAUGUUACAGCCUAAA